AUGAAGGCACGCCGCAGUGACUCAGCCAUCCUCCCGCGCAACAUCACCAAACUCGAAGUCAUUGGCAACGGCAACUUCGGAGUGGUGUACAGUGGAUGGUUACGUGACGACGACAUGCGCAAAGAGUCUCCCGUGGCUAUAAAGGAGCUCAAGGGCAGGCUCGCCAAGGAAGGAGACGACGACGACGAUGAGGGAGAGUUUCUUAAGGAAGCGCUGCUGAUGAAGAAACUAGACCACCCCAACGUCAUGAGCUGCGUGGGUAUCUCCGUUGGCCCUGCCACAUGCAUUGUGUUGGAGGUCAUGAGCAUGGGCGACCUACGCACCUAUCUCACCACACAAGACGAGAGACAGACCACAGUCACAAUUGCGGAGAAGUACUACUUUGCUUUCCAGAUUGCUCGUGGUAUGCGCUAUCUUCAGAAUCAGAACAUUGUACAUCGUGACUUGGCAGCCAGGAACUGCAUGCUCAGCCAUGCGACGAAUUCCACGUUUGAGUAUCCUGUACUGAAGGUGACUGACUUCGGGAUGUCGCGCAUGCUUGAUGGCGACAAAGAGUACUAUCAUAUGGAGCAGAAAGGGCAGGUACCGGCCCGAUGGACUGCUCUCGAGGGUCUGUUACAGCAAAAGUUCUCUUGGGCCAGUGAUGUGUGGUCAUACGGCGUGGUGCUGUGGGAGUUGUUUGAUACCGACUCCACCUUGCCGUACAACGGCAUGAACCUAUUCCAGCUGGUCGAGUAUCUCAAGGAAGACAAGCGACUACUACAACCCAACGAAUGCCCAUUGGAUGCGUACGAGAUCAUGAUCCGAUGCUGGCGCAGAAACCACGAGGACAGACCCGACUUUGAAGACCUAUCCGUUAAUGUGGGGCAUUUGUUCGUCCCCCAUUGCAAGAGCACGUACGCUGUACGGAACGAAGACGGCGAUACCUACCUCGAGGACAUACGGCGCAAGGCAAGUCUGGGCCAAUCCAACAGCACACUCAGCUCCAGCAGCAAGCAGUCGUCCUUCCUACUACGCCAACGGGCCAACUCUAACCUGCUCAAGUCACCCUGUAUGGGCAAGGAGAAGCCCACGCUGACCAACUCUGUGUCUAUGCCGGACGGAGACACGCUCGCCAACGUACGCCAUAGCCUGCAGGAACAGGUGCACCGGUUCACACGCAGCCACAACCACUCACUCAACACCAACAGCGCACACGGGCAGAUGGGUGGGCAAGGACUUUCACUUGACACACAUACCCACAACCACAACCAUCAUCCGUUGAAGCAUGCACGCUCACACAAGCACAUCCUCAAGCACAACUACAUGCAGGCCCAGAAGUCACACGAGAGAUUGACCCCCACCUCAACCCAGAAGUCACACGAAAGACUGGCACCCACCUCAACAGACACACUCGCACAGCGCAGAGGAUCGGGCUCAGACUCAGAGAGACGGGGCCGGCGCAUGUCCACCAGACACAUCAGAAGCCGCACACUCAGUCAACGCUCCGCAAAGAGAGACAGCCACGACAUACACACGUCCACACACAGUCCUCUACCCAGCCACCCCAGCCCAAUCAUCAAACACCACUCCAACCCCAUGAACAACAACUACCUCAGCCCAAUCACCAAACACCAUCGCGUGCACAGUAACUGUGCACACACGCUGCAACGGAGUGCCAGUGCCCAACACGAGCCCACCGACAAGCUCAGCAGCAACCUCAACUACAGCACUCUCUCCAGCGGGUUGUGUGGGUCCCACCAGACGGGGGGGGAUGGGAUGGUCUCGGAUGGGACCUAUGUGAGCAUGGGGGACAUAGCCUCAGCACAACGUACGCCAGUACGCACACGCACACACACCCGCUCCCACAGCAUAGGCUUACAGUCGCCCGUGCGGGUACACACACACGCACGCACCAGGACACACUCGCACCUGGCGGUUGUUGCCCUGGACCAUAGGCCCGGCCCUCGGGCUCAUAGGUGCAGGCUGUCUGGGACCAGUUGUACAGUUAACGAGACAUGUGCACCUGAGGCGUGUGUGGGUGCACCCCCUUGCGCACACUCAGCUGGACCGAUUGGGGGGAGUGCGUCGCCUGUGGUGAGUGAUCACAUGUAUAGUGUCAUCGGCGGGGGGGCUGUAGGCCCACCCACGCCAAGUCUCUCGCGCGGGCGGGCCCGAUCACUUACGGAUUCGGAGAUAGCCGACAGACUGUGCGAGUACGAUAGCGAGGCCGACUCUCGGGUGGACAGUCAUACGGAGGAUGUGCAUACCGGUUCAACGUGUAUAGAUAUCGGGACGCCUGCGGCGGAGGAGGGCGGAGAUACGGACAGAGAGGUCGAUGUACAAAGCAUGACACUCGACAGUUCUAGGUUUGUAGAGGCCACCGAUGGGUUGAGGAGUGAUCAGGUGUACUACGUGGUAGACCCACUGCCUGUACGAAGGACCAGACCCCACAGCGCCAUACAGAUGAGCGACGGUACACUGAGCGGCCGAAUAGCGGGAGCCCGGGGGCAGGCACACACACGCAACCCAGACCAUCCCCAUCAGAUGCCCAGUCCUUACCUACAAACACACACCUACUCGCGUAUGGACGCUCACCGGCCCAUGGAUAUACACGGUGACACGCGCACACAUACGCCAACGCGGCGCAGAGACACGCCGAGUCGCGCCAUGUCACGUAUGCUACACAACACGCUGAGUGCGUCUGAGGGCGAGCAAGGGUCUGGGUAUGAGAGUGCGAGUGCGCGUAACCAUGGCAACUACCAGCCGUAUGCCGAUGAAUGGCCAACCGACUACUACUCAUCUACCGAGUCCAUACCACAAACUCCUCGACCGUCUGUGACGGAUAGUGGGGCUAUCGUCUGGAGUGUACACACCCCUCAGCCAACCACAGACGCCAGGUCCAACACACACACCACCCCCGCACAUACCACCACCACCACAACAACAGGCGCACCUUCAGCAUCAACAUCUGCUUCAACCCCAACACCAGGUGUACAUGAUGCACCUAUAGACGCCCACUCGAGUGACCAGGGAGGUCUUCAGGCACACGCACACUACCACGCCAGUAGUGAGUUUGGUGAUCCCAACUAUAACUCGGGAUACGACGUCAUGCGCGAUCCACCGAGCAGCUACGAGUUCGAGGCUGUGGGUGUUGCAGCACCCCCGUCACACGAGAGUGCCCAGUUGCCGCACACUGCCGAUGACUGCGUUAACCUGGACGAUCCAGAGAGUUGCGAGGCAUUGAGUAGAUAUGUAGAUAUGGGCCAACGGCCCAAAAGUAUGGGCAGAGGUGCAUCGAUGGACUGCACCCGAAAUGGAAUACGGAGGACUGCGGAGAACGGCACACGCAGCAGUUAUACGCAGGGCUUUGGAGCUGCAAAUAAAGAGAAGGGUGUAGAGGUGGGACCGCACCACAGGGGCGAGCGGACGGGUAAGAUUGGGGUAUACAACAGCCACGAGUCUGCGCCAUACGGUGGGGCGCACCAGGUCCAAAAAAAUAAGGCGGGUACACUCGAUAGGUCGGACACGCGGAAUAUGGCCACUAUGGUUUCAGCUGGGGGGAGUGGGAGCGGUGACGAUGAGGUUGUGUUUGUGGGAUGCGAUGAGCCGUCCUCCACACCACUACACUAUCUGCAGCGGUAG